AACCCAAAUCACGAAUUAGGGUUUAGUACUUGCAGUGGAAAACCCCCCGAAAGACUCACACGAUAGCUGAACAGAGAAGUGCAUUUUGUUACCUAAUCUAUCAACAGAUAAUUGAAUUUGCUGCUGUGCAAGUUUCUUCCAGCAGAGACAGAAUUCAUGGGUUACGUGCAAGAAGCAAGAGAAAAUCACGUCAAGAAGAAGGUUGAAGAAGCUUUACGCAGCAAAAUGAAGCAGAAGGCGCUAAAGGAGUGUGAUGAAUAUGCUGCGAAAUAUGCUGAAUGUGCAACUGGAAAAACAAUAUCUGUGGUUUGGCAAUGCCGCAAACAGGCUAAAGAAUUAAAUAAUUGCCUUCAUCAGUAUACCAAUGACUCUGUGUUGGAAGAAAUGAAGAAAGAGUAUGCUCUUCAGCAGGAUGGAAAGGAGCCAAUGACUAUGAGAGUAUAAAUUGUGCGGUUGGGAUUUUACCUGGUUCAGUAGGCAGUAUUUGGGAGAAAGAAAAUAUUUUUCUUCACCUGCAAGGCCCAACAUUGUGUCGGUUUCUAGUCUGUAAGAUCUUGUUUAAGCUAAAGUGCUUUGUAACUUUGUGGAGCCUGAUGAGAAUUCCAAGCUAAGCAAGAAUAAAAAGACAAGAAAACUGGUGUUUGUUGACC